CAGGUCUCGGGCCCUCAGGCGGAGCGGCGGGCGCCGGACCCCCAGGCGGAGCGACAGGUCUCGGGCCCUCAGGCGGAGCGGGCGGGCGCCGGACCCCCAGGCGGAGCGACAGGUCUCGGGCCCUCAGGCGGAGCGGCGGGCGCCGGACCCCCAGGCGGAGCGACAGGUCUCGGGCCCCCAGGCGAAGCGGCGGGCACCGAGUCACCAGGCACGACAGUGGGCUCCGAGUCAACUGGCACGACCGCUGGCACUGGGUCAGACAUUGGAUCGUCUGGCUGGACAGCGGGCAUCGGGUCACCAGGCAUCAGGUCAUUUGGCUCGACAGCGGGCACCGCGUCAUCUGGCAAGGCAGUGGGCUCCGAGUCAACUGGUAUGACCGCGGGCACUGGGUCAGACAUUGGAUCGUCUGACUGGACAGCGGGCAUCGGGUCACCAGGCAUCAAGUCAUUUGGCUCG